AAAUUCAGCCCAUAUAAAGUUUUUGCAACCACCUUAAAACAUUUAGUAAAUCCAAUAAAUAUUUUUUUCACUGUACUUCCAUCUAUUUGUGGCUGCAUGAUUAUUUACUAAUUAUAACUAUCAGCAUAAAGAAAAAUAUAUUUUAAAUAAAUGCAAUUGGUUUUCAUCUGCAGUGCACAGGUGAGAUAUAUCUGUCCUCCUCUAAUCCACUUUUUUUUUGGCAGAUUCAGUUUCCAGUGCCAGCUACAGGGCAAGGCUUGUUUUGAACAUCAUGUCUUACAGCAGUGCAUGAAUGUAGUCUGGUAGCAUGUGGCUGUCAGCACUGGAAUAGGGGGGUGUUCCUACACUCCGGGUCCGCCCUCUGGAUGAAGCGGAGCCAUUUACCACAGCAAUGUCAGCCCAAUCCACGGCUGGGAAAACGCACAUCGCACGCUCCUAGUGUAGAGCAGUCGCAGCGCAAAAAUAAAAGGUGCACGAACCACGGAGAGAUGGCACCGCCGACCGAUGCGUUCUCAGCCUCACGGAUCCCAGGAAAAGCCGCUCCAGGGAAUUUAAAGCAACAUUGAUUUCUUGGCUGCAUUUGAAUGCAUCGCAUCAACUCCGCUCACGCCACGAAAACGUGAUUAGUGCCGAUUUAUCUCAUGAUGGCUUUCUAGAACAGACUGUUCAAUCGCUACGCAGACUGAAGAUCAGAUCUGAUCCAUCACCGAUGCGUUAAUUGCAAGUCCGUCGCUGUUCUUGCUUAUAGUAUCUUCUCGAUAUCGGAAUAAAAACAUCUGUGGUUGAUUGAAGCAGCUGCACCAGCUCUAUAGUAUUCGAGCAUCCUUCCGCGAGUGUGCAUCACCACCACCACCACCACCAUCAUCAUCAUCAUCAUCAUCGCGCCCUGCAGCUCCAUCGCAAGAGGGAGGAUCCGCAGAGGAGCUCUCCGGGCAACACUGCUCACGCAUUCAGAGGAUGCUUUGGAUGUAAAAAUUACUAACGAUGGGGAAAGAUCAGGAAUUACUUCAAGCGGUGAAGACUGAGGACCUGAUGACGGUGCAGAAGCUCCUGCAGAGGCCCAAACCCGGGAAAGCAAAGUUGCUGGGCUCGGCCAAGAGGGUGAAUGUCAACUUCCAGGACACUGAUGGGUUUUCACCACUGCAUCAUGCGGCUCUCAAUGGAAAUGUGGAAGUCAUAUCACUACUGCUGGACUCUCAGGCCCUAGUGGACAUCAGGGACCAGAAAGGGAUGCGUCCUCUACAUUAUGCAGCGUGGCAGGGGAAGUCGGAGCCCAUGAAGCUACUGCUGAAGUCGGGCUCUUCAGUGAACGGUCAGUCGGAUGAGGGUCAGAUCCCCCUGCACCUGGCUGCUCAGCACGGACACUAUGACGUGUCUGAGAUGCUUCUGCAGCACCAGUCAAACCCCUGCAUAGUGGACAAUGCUGGAAAGACUCCACUGGACCUGGCUUGUGAAUUCGGUCGGGUCGGGGUGGUCCAGCUGCUUCUGAACAGUAACAUGUGUGCUGCUCUGCUGGAGCCCAAACCGGGAGACUCCACUGAUCCCAAUGGCACCAGCCCACUUCAUCUUGCUGCCAAGAACGGCCACAUCGACAUCAUCAGACUGCUGAUCCAGGCUGGCAUCGAUAUCAACAGGCAGACCAAAGCGGGCACUGCCCUCCAUGAAGCUGCGCUGUGUGGGAAGACUGAUGUGGUGCGCCUCCUGCUGGAUAGUGGCAUCAAUGCAGCGGUGAGAAACACAUACAGCCAGACUGCGCUGGACAUCGUCUACCAGUUUACUGCCACACAGGCCAGCCGCGAGAUCAAGCAGAUGCUACGAGGUAAGAUGAGAGAUGCCUCAGCAGCCUUGCAGGUCAGGGCACUGAAGGACUACUGCAACAACUACGACCUGACGAGUCUUAACAUAAAGGCUGGAGAUGUCAUCACGGUUCUGGAGCAGCAUUCAGACGGGAGGUGGAAAGGCUGCAUACAUGAUAACCGCACAGGCAAUGACAGAGUGGGCUACUUCCCCUCCAGCAUGGUGGAGGUGAUCAGUAAGAGGCCUGGGGCUGCGGGUUCAUGGAGUACAGUCACUUGUACCCAACAGUAUCAAAAGAUACAGCUCUGUGCGCCGGUGUGCGGCCCUGUGUCGCCCGCCGUUGCCAUGGUGAAUGGGGACUCGUAUCAUGAGAUUCAUAUCCUGCCGCCUCCUCCACCUCCGCCACCACAUUCCCAUCUGCCACUUUUCACUUCCUUUGGCUAUAACAGGUCCCCAAACACCCCAGAAGAGCCGCACAGUGGACAAGAGGCCAAGAAUGAUCAAGAUUUGGCUAGUUCUCGUGGCUCAGAGUCCAGUCCACAUGGCUCACCCACCCCAGCUGGUGGACCCCAGGGUGGAAGUAGCGAGGAGAUCUGGGUGCUGCGCAAGCCUGUGGCAGGUGGAGACCGCAGUAGUGUGGGCAGUUCAGGCAGUGUGGCCAGUGCCCGAUCCUCUGGCAGUGGACAGAGCGCAGGCAGCACCAGUAUCCUCCAUGCUCAAGCAGAGGGAGUCAAGCUUCUGGCCACGGUUUUGUCUCAGUCUGCCAAAGCAAAAGAACACCUGCUGGAGCAGACCAAGUCUUUGGACCACCCGUCUCAUGCUUCCAGCAACAAGGGACCCUCCUCGCGCAGUCAGAGUUUGUCAAGCUGUCCACUUCACGAGCAGCCAUAUGGGGAGGCGGUGUCCCAGAGGAAAGGGGAGGCACCGCCUGAGGGGAAGAGCUCAGAGGCUGUUAUCGAAUGGCUGAGUGAAUUUCAGCUGCAGGUCUACGCUCCAAACUUCAUCAACGCCGGCUAUGACAUUCCUACCAUUAGCCGAAUGACCCCAGAGGACUUAACAGCUAUUGGUGUAACUAAACCUGGACAUCGAAAGAAGAUAACUUCAGAGAUCAAUAAGAUCAGUGUUAAUGAGUGGCUGCCUGACCAAAAACCGGCGAGUCUUGGAGAGUGGUUAGCCAUGAUUGGAUUGAGCCAGUAUCACCAGGUUUUAGUCCAAAAUGGCUACGAAAACAUUGACUUUAUCACUGAUAUCACGUGGGAGGAUCUUCAGGAGAUCGGGAUUACAAAACUUGGACACCAGAAGAAGCUAAUGCUUGCAGUGAAGAAGCUGGCAGAGAUCAAGAAGGCAUCUGAUGGUCGUAAUACAUUGCGCAAAAAGCCUCCAGCUGCUCAGGAAGUAAUGGCUAUUGAGAGCCCACCCCAUGACAGUGGAGAGUGUAUGUCCCCUAAAAUGAGCACUUUCCAGGACAGUGAACUGAGCGGGGAGUUACAGGCAGCUCUUACGCGCCCUGCUGAUGUGCAGGAUGGCACAGAGGUCAGAACCAACAGUGGCCCACAGCACAGAGCACGCAGUCUGCAUGAGAACAGCAUUAAUAAGAGCCGAGACACAGAAGAGCAUAGUGGACCACCCAAAAAGGAGGCACGUACCAUGCGACAGAGCAGCCAGGGAGGACAGAGAAAUGUUUCAUCAUCGCAGCCAAAACCACGUCAGUCUUAUCCCCAAGGUACAGGUCCUCCCUAUACUCCACCUCAAACGCCCACCAAAACAAAGCCUCCCGCCUCACAGACAACAAGCAACCCCCCAGGAAAACCGAAACCUAGUCCGCAGAUUGUCCAGCAAACAGAAAAACCUAUAACACCUCGUGGUCACCCGCAAUCCCCAACUCAAAGGUCCCAUCCACACCCUGCUGCCCAGCCUGUUGAAUCAAUAGAAGCUCCUCCCCAAGGACCUGCUGUUUCAGUGCCACUCUUGUGCCUGCCACCAGAUGGCGAUGAAGCUUGUGAUGAGUAUGGUCUGCCUAAAAAACGUGCCCAUAGCCUAAAUCGCUAUGCUGUGUCUGAUGGUGAGCAGGAGCGGGAUGAGCUGAAUGUGCCUGAUUCAGGAGGAAAAUAUGCUACAGUACAGCCUAGGGUGGGUCGCAGCAACUCAAUGAAGGGACAGGCAGACAAGAAUGUCAACCGAAGCCAGUCUUUUGCACUCAGACAAAAAAAGAAGGGUCCUCCUCCACCUCCUCCUAAACGAUCUAGUUCAGCCAUCUCAAGCUCCAGUAGUAAUCUGACAGAAGUGCCCAAGGAGACUAACAGUGGACCUCUUCUGGAUAUUCCCUAUCAACCACAAAGGCGUGCCAGUGACCUGGGUGGCACUGUAGACACAGGCAGUGCAGGUAGUGUGAGAAGCAUUGCAGCCAUGUUAGAAAUGUCCUCUAUUGGUGGAGGUGCAAAGGGUCUCGCUUUGCAGAAAUCUGCUGGUCACUAUCUGCAGGUGGGUUCAGGAGCAAAGCAACGUGAUGCCAUUGGACUAGAUGGGGAAGUAGUGAACCGCCGCAGGACCAUUAGUGGACCUGUGACUGAUUUAGUAGCAGCUGCUAAGCGAGGACCAGAGUUAAUUCAGGACAGACAAUGCACUGAAGCCCAGCCUAGUUCUAGUGGGAGUUCCGCUGAGAAUCUUCCAUUUGCUGAAGAUGGAAAUCUCACUAUCAAACAAAGACCUAGACAAGGAAAGGACGAGGCUGAAGAAGGCCUAGAAAUUUCAUAUUCUUUACCCCAUGAAGAUCUUUCUCGUGCCGAUUCCACAGCCUCAUUGAAAAGGAGUGUCCAGACCACCAGGCACCAACCAAAUGGCACCAAGUUCCAUCUCACAGAGUCAAACACAGUUAAGCGCCGUCCCAAGAGCAAAGACAAAGAUGCAGAGGAACUUCAAGAUGGACAGAUGCCUGUACCAUAUGAGAAUGGGACAGGCACAAUUAAAAGGCGUCCUGCGUCAGAUGUGACUGUUUCAGAGCAGCCAAGGCCCCAAGAACAUCCUGAGAACUCGCCCCGUCGAGACAGUGCCGACCUGGAAGGCCAUGUCACAGAAAGUACCCCUCGCAAGUCUGUCAAACCUCCAGUGUCUCCCAAACCUGUUCUGGCCCAGCACAUGAAGAAGCAGGGACCAACAGCUGCCAUCACCAAGAAAGCCCCCUUUCCUGGACCAGCUGGGGCACCUGGCAGCCCAGGUACUACACAGUGCGGCCCUUUCACUUGCCCUGUCUUUACACAAUUAUUUGAAGGAAAAAAAGUACCUCCUCCGAUUUCACCAAAACCUACACCCCCUCCCACAGCUCCAAAACCAUCAAAAAAUGUUCUUCAGUCUUUAAAUGCAACACCUAAUCCCACUCCCACACCUUCUCCAGCCAAACAGACUGUCACCAGAAUGGCUAGUACAGCCUCUGCCCAGACCAACCACCCUGUCAAGGCUACAACCCCACCAGCCUUGAUUGUGCAGACGCCUCACACACCCCAGUCCCCUCACACUCCACAGACACCUCAAACUCCACAAACGCCCCAAACUCCCCCAACCCCCACCCCUACACCCCCACCUGUAAAACCUCCUCGCUCCUCAAUUAGUGGGGUGUCCAUGGACAGUUCAACUGGAUCAGCAUUGGUCGCCGGGGUUGUGACAGCAGAUGCAGUGCACCAGAAGAUAGAGGAGACCAGUGCCUCACUGGCUGCAGCCCUGCAGGCAGUAGAACAGAAGAUCAAAGAGGAUGGACAAAAAGACUCAAUUGCUGAAAACAAGAGCACAGUGAGUAUCCUUGAUGACAUCGGCAGCAUGUUUGAUGACCUGGCCGACCAGCUGGAUGCAAUGCUGGAGUGAAGAGCACAGCCUGUGUCUCUGUGGCACAACCUCAGGGCCCCGGGAGAGCACAAGGGCACAAUGACCAACAGCACCUAUUCCUUGCUAUUCCUUAUCACUUGCUCCUCACCCCUCCCCCCUCCUUUUCUCUUGCUCUUUCCCCGUUGUUAUGAAACACCCAUCUCUCCUCUCCCCCUCCAAGUUGGUUUGCACAAACCCGAGCUGACGUACCUCAGGACUGGGCAGAAGGCCAUCCAGGGCUUUAAACAACAAAGACAGAGCAGAGGGUGGAGAUGCAGAGAGUGGGUUUUAAUAGAUAAAGCUCAACUCUCUGUCCAUGGAGCGUCUCUAUCUACCAUGAGCAAUGAGUAGUGAAAUAAUAUGAAAACAAUAAUAACUGUAUAUGAAAUAAUAGUAUGGUAUGUGUACAUUGUAAGCAUGAGGAAAGUUUGUAUCUAUAAGAAAAAAUCUCAUAGUGAGAGUCAUGCAUUAGUACAGUUAUAUAUAUAUAUAUAUAUAAAUAUAAAAUAUAAAUAUUUUAUGUUUUUAUUUCAUGUUCAAUGGUACAUACAGUGUUGAAACAUUAAGAAAUCUAUAAACUUUGAUGACAGAUAUGUGGAUUUUUCUAUGACAAAGUUUUAAAACAAAAAAAAUAAGGCUGGCUUAAACAUCCUGUAUGUUUGGCUGUGCUGUGCUGAAGAGUGUUGUGGGCUGUGUUGAAUGUAGUGACUGAAGUGGCUGUUUCACCCCCUGCUCUGUGCUUGCUCUGGGCUCCCGCUCUCUGCUGCUGUGACCCUGCUGUUUCCAUACACUUUUUCUUUUUGCCUGCGUGAACUCGUACAUUCCUGCUCCUACACAGCCUUCUUCCUUUUACAUCCCUCUUUCUUAUCCUGCCCUCAUUGUGUGCAGUGUCCUGUGUGCCUUAACAUGAGAGGUGACCUUAGUGCUGCUAACAUACACAAGCAAACCAGUUCAAACUGAGACAGGUCUGGUAUCCAUGUGAGAGGCAUUGCCUUAAGCCAGUGUGAAGGGAUGAACUUGCGCAUUCAGAUUUGGUAAGGAGUGACCUCAUCCUUGAACAUCUUUAUGGUUCAGUCAUCUUCAGCAAGGGGAUACACGGUGUAGGCCUUGAAGCCAAAACAGGAUUUGUAAACAAGGGACUUGAUUAGCAGACUCUUUGGCAAUAGAUUGGAUAGUGAAAGCAGGUGUAGAAUAACUUAAAUGUUGAUUAGGAGACUAUGCAGACUAAAGAACGGUACACACCAAGCCGACUUCAAAGAACUAGUGGUGAUGAAAACCGUGUGUUGUUGCCUCCGUUGGCUUCAUCUGGUGCUGUCUGGAGCAAAAAGCUGCAUAUAAACACACCAAAUGGACAAAAGCUGAACAAAACUAGAAUGCACAUGCUGUACCUGCAUGAGAGGAUGUAUAGUUACAUACCUGCAGGUAGCACAAUGUGUCUUGUCAUUCCACAAAGAGGAACUAGAGCUGCAUGCAUACAAACCAUGAACAAAGCAGGGUUUACAUACCAUUUUCAGAGUAAUUCUCGCGUACCACAAAGGGAUUGCCUCAAGCAAACGUGUCUCAUAAUCCAUAUCUAAAGAAACGCAACGAAAUUGUCACCAGGGCACUCUUGACUUGCAUUGUUUGCUUAGUUUUGUCACUUUAUAGUCACAUUUUUUUCUUGCACUAAUUAGAGCGAUCCUUCACUCACAGCCAAUACCGAUUCUACAUGCUGAACUGGGCAAACUCACUCUAACGAGAGGGGGCACCAAGCAAACUAGCUUGAAAGCUUGCCAAUAUCCAGAUCCUGCCUAAUGGUCAACUGUCAACUUGGUGUGUCCUAAGCCCAAAUUAUACUUUGUUUUUAUGUGUAUAUG